CUUCUUUGUAAACAAGAACAAGAAACCACCCGUACCAAAACAGAGACGAGAGAUGGAUUAAUACAUGGAGAAUCUAGUUAAGGCUACGUGCAGAUUAUACCAUCAUGGCUUUGUGCACGGUGGGGGCGGAUAUGACUCUGAUUUCAGUGGUGAUGAUGAUGAAGGCGGAGGAGAGUCGUCUCUGCGAGGCAUUAAAAGGAAACGAGAGGAUGAGAUCCUCCAGAAGCCAUGGCAGAAGGAGAGGCACUCCAAGGUAGCGCAUCGCAGCUUCCACAGCAGUGAGGUCGACAGAGAGGAAGCCAGAAACAGAAGAGCCCACCUGAUCUCUCUUAACGCUUUUGAGCGUCACAAGAAGUAUGUCAGCGACUACAUCCUCUACUACGGAGGGAAGGUGGAAGACCUGAAGCGCUCAACGGAGAAAGACAAGACCGACCUGGAUGUGGUUCGAGAGAACCACCGGUUCCUCUGGCGGGAUGAAGACGAGGAGGAAAUGACCUGGGAGAAAGCACUGGCCAAGAAAUAUUACGACAAACUCUUCAAGGAGUACUGUAUCGCCGACCUAAGCAGAUACAAGGAGAACAAGUUUGGCUUUCGAUGGCGAACUGAAAAUGAGGUUGUGUCUGGAAAAGGUCAGUUCCAGUGUGGGAGCCGCCGCUGUGAGAAGGAGGAGGAGGUGCUGAAGAGCUGGGAGGUGAACUUCUCCUAUGUGGAGCGAGGAGAGAAGAGGAACGCCCUCGUCAAGCUCCGCCUGUGCCCCGAAUGUUCCUUCAAACUCAACUACCACCACAAACGCAAGGAGGUGAAGGUGAAGAAGAAGGAAGCCAAGAGGAGUUCGCUGGAGAACCAGGAACCAACAAAGAAGAAGGCCAAGAAAGGGAAGAAGAGUAGGAGGAGGUCCAAGUCGUCUUCGGGCUCCAAGAAGCACAAACGCAAAGGCCACAGUAAAUCCAGAGGGGAUACUUCAUCCUCCUCUGGUAGCGCGGAAGAAUCCCAGGACUCAGACAGAGACGCAGAGGCGGCGGACGAGGCUCCAGGCCAAUCGGAUGCCGAGCACUGGCGAGGCCCCGCCCCCGCAGUGGAGGAGAAGUCGAGGGAGGACGAGUUUGACGACUAUUUUGAGGACAUGUUUCUGUGAGCCCGCCGGCUCAGCCCCACCCACCCCACACAGCCCCUCCCCAUCACUGGCCCACAGACGGGACCCUGUUGGGUUCUUUGGUUGUAUUUCUGUUUUUUUGUGUUUUUUUUUGUGUUUGUGUUUUUUUGUGUCUCCCCAUCAUCUUUGACAUAAAUUCCACGAAAAAUAAAAUGUGAGGAUUUAUUUUUCAUGCAACUAACCGUU